AUGAAGAUGGUGGCACCGAACGCUUUACGAAACCGUCGUUACAGCGUCUCAGUGGAUCGCUGGUCGUUUUGCCUAUCACGGAUGGAGUGCCGCCCACCCAAAAUUUUUAUCAAACAGAUGCAUAGUUAAUAUCACAUCGGCCACUCCACAACAAGAUCAACGUCACUGCAUUUACCUAGAUCCUUGAUACAAUCUUCCCUACGCUGCCUGAUGGCUGUUUGCCACCACCACCUGGGAUCUUCGCCGUUGCUAUGUUCAUCAAAUGCUCCUCGAGUUUCGCCUUCCUGGUCUUUUUGGGCCGGAACUGCCGGAACCUGCAAAAUGCAUUUGGACGUUAGAUGCUGUAGCAAGGAACAAUUGAUGAUCACCUUUCUAUACAGUAGAUGGACACUUUCAAGUUCAACCUUCAAACGAUUGCAAGGUCCAAUUGUCAGGGCGGUAUCAGGACGUAUCAAUACAAUUUCAGAUAUAAGAACGUCAUUGUCAUGAGGUGCUGCACCUAUGCCAUGUCCAUAGCCUCGUUGAAGGCUUUCCCCCACUAUGAGCACCUGAGCCAGUCGUGCAUGGACUCCUCAAGCAUUUCAAGCUCGUGGACUUGGCCAAAGUCCCCUCAGAGUCAGAAACCCCCUCGCUUCAACCAUUUGUCACCAAUCUCAUCACCUCCCACGCCCCCGACAUUCUUUUCACGAAAUUGGUCCAUCAUCAGUCUUGCGUUGCUGGCAACAUGCACCUUCGUUUGGACCGCGUUCUUCGCCCACGCAUCUACCGAUUUGUCACGGUCGAUAACCCACUUCCAUGGAGGAAGAGAAAUCGCAGGGGAGCCUGACCCUCCUCUCAUCCGGCUAAGGUCGCCUUCGAUGACGAUCUUGUUGUUGCAGAUCAGCACGUCAGUAACGACGCUUCUCCUGGGAGAGCUGGCGAUCGCAUGCUAUGAAAGGGUAAGGUGGCAGAGGGCGUCGUCCCCGUCCGGCAUAUCAGGUGGUACUUUACUGGGACUAUCUAGGGCAACAAGCAUUAUCGGAGUCGCUUUGUUGUCCACGAAAGCAAAGGUUUCUUGGUCUACACGACUAUGGUGCCUGAAACGAAUGUUCACCUAUAUUGUUGUGUCAUUCGUUGGGGUCGUCUUUCUCUUCGAUAUCAGCUUCGUUACUUUCUUCCCGGUCACCAUCGACAUGGCUACCACGACAACUACCGGUUGGGGAGAAUUUAACAGCAGUCUCUUCCAAUAUAACCCCCUUGGCUUCCAAGGAUUCCUGACCAAUCCCCGACAAACCUUCCCGAUUGAAGCUACCGAAGAGCGAUGCCACGUGAGUGUUGACUCUGUUGCCUCCUUGGCAAACUGCUCGUCCUACGCCAUCGUCACCAGCGUGGACUAUCUCGACGCCGACGGACAGGCUGGAUAUGGUCUUGGUUCACAGAACUGGUUUAGUGAGGAUCAGGAUAAUGACGGACGGACAGGUUAUAUGCCAAUGAUCGAGACACCAUGGAUUGUGUCGUUUUAUCCCGACGCGUACGGACAUCACUUCAAUAGCGGUGAAUGCCAGGCAUGGAUAGCGCCCUACUAUUAUUCCGAGCCGGGGGUAAACGACGUCGCGUUGCGCAUCUGCUUGAGCACGUUGGAUAACGGAGCGCGUGAUGAUUCCACCACGAUUUUGGCUCAGAUCGCCGUGUGUGGCGGAGUCGACGGUAACAUCGCGACCGGCGAUUGUCACGCUGCGCUUGAUGAUCCUUCGUACACCGGUUUGGGUUUUCACGGUGCUUCGGAAGCCGUCAUGGCCAACCCGCCUUUGAAUCUUUCCAUGACUGUGACUAAACGGACCGCGUCUCCCGUCUACGAUUUGAAGAAUGGCUCUGUCAUGGAUAUCGAGAUACCUUAUUAUCAACACCCAGGAUUGAUGGAUCUCACACCUAAUAGCUCGUGGGCGCCAGUUCCCGCAGACCGCGACGCCCCGCUUCCUGCUUCUAUUGAUGUAGAUGCUUUUCGAAACUUCACAUUUUCGAUAUACGACGGAGCAUACGGAAAUGUAUCCGACGUUUUCUCCGUCCCGAAUGCUAUGAUAAACACGAUGGUCCGUCUCAUAAGCACCAGCAACUCGCUAUUUGCAUACGAGCACGCCAAAGACCUCCUAGCCUACACUCUUCGUUCAGGAUCCAACCUUCCCGCAUCGGCGCCUUUAAAUUUCACCCGCGGGUUUGCAUGUUAUACCCGAGAUCGACUACAGCUAUCGCAGACCUCAUGGAUCCUGUUCAUGGUCCUCGGCGGCUCCGUCCUGCUUAGUUGUUACGUCCUCAUUGUCCUCACCUCCAUGUGGAACCAGACCAGCUACACGACAUACUUCCCCGAAGUGGAUUUCGCCGCUGGAUUUGUGGGUGGCGGCGGCGAUCACCACCAGGCGGACGUUGUCUCGCGGCUACAACACGUCAGUUCGGGAGUGGUGGAUAGCAUGGCGUCUACGACUUUUCGGAUCGUGAGUGGGCGGCGGGAAUGAGCUGGAUAAAGGUUCUUACAUCAAAGUUCGGGACAUUCGUUCGGUUGCCAAGCGAGUUUGUGUUUGACGACAAGAGUUGGGACGGACAUUUAGAGUGAUCGGUUGUCCCC